AUGAACAUGGGAAGAAUAGAUGCCAAGAACGAGUGGUGGCUGAAGGAUGCUUCGCCGAAUAUGAUAGAUAUAAACGGGACGCCUGAACUUUUAGAGGCAUUGUGCAAUAACCAAGAUAAACUGGUCGUCGUGGACGUUUACGCCAAGUGGUGCGGAGCUUGCCGAGCUCUGUAUCCGAAGUUGUGCAAAAUGGGACGACAGUUUGACGGGAAGAUGGUCCUGUUGAAAGUAAACUUUGACGAGAACAAAGACAUGUGCAAGACGCUUGGCGUGAAAGUGUUGCCGUAUAUGAUCAUGUACAAAGGCAAUAAAGGACGCGUGGAAGAGUUUUCCGUCUCUAUUUCAAAGAUAAAGAUGCUCAGAGAAAAGUUAGACAUAUACACGACGGAUAUCCCCGGGGAAGGCUACUCAAAAGACGAGUGUAAUUUAGAAGAGUUUGGCGAUUCAGUUUGGGGAGACGUGGACGUGGAGAAUGACGCGCCGAAAGACGCCGAAGGAGCGCAAGAAACUCUUCUUCCUAAGGAUUAG